CGUGAACUGGCGGAAGGCGGAACCAAGUUAUCCAUAGUAUUUACAGUCUACGGUGUAGAUUGGUGACAUCCUUCGGAGUGGUUCAAAGUUACGAAUGUGUGACGACCACGCCCCUAAAAUUACAAGCGUCACCCCGAAAAUGGCGCCAAAACGUUAAAAAGCCAAAAGUUUAGUUUGUCCCCUUUCGGCUCUUGUAGAAACAUGACGGUCCUGGAGGACAGCGGCCAAAGUGGACUGAACCUGAGGAGAUCUACUGACCUCAUAACAAGGUAAUAACACACCAAAAGCACUUGUUCUCAGACAACAAUUGACCACGAAUAAACACACAAACAAAAUCAAAUCUAGAGUUAUACUCACAUAAAUGGACCAUGUUGAUAGCUGGAAUAUCCUGAAAAAGACAAACUAUUACCGCCAGACCAAAGUGUACACAAGAGGCUGUCUUUGUAAAUGACCCCAGUAUAGAGUCAAACAUAUGUAUGAUAAACUUAAUAAUCCUGAUGUGUUCUUAAAUGUCUGCAUGUUGUGUACCAAGCGUAUGCUCACAGCUAACAGGACAAACACUUUAAUAUACGCGGUUCAAAAUGGUCGAAAAAGAACAAAAUACCUCCACGGAUGUUGAAUUAAGCGGUGACAAGUCUUGUCGAGCGUCGAUGUAGUUUUCUACUAGUUUAGGCGGUAGUUUUCAGCUUAUAUUUCGAUUUUCUCAUCUGCAGAUGUAAUGUGACAUUUGUCAGCGCGCGGCCAUCUUUAAACGGAAGUUACGUAGUUGGAUUUGAAGGCGCCAUUGUGCUCCGUCGACGCAAGAUGGCGCUGUUGCUUUGCUCUGUAAUGUAGCAGGGAAACUCAAGUUUUACAACUAAGUGAGCCUAUAGCACAGACACGUUAAAAAGUGGUUGAAAGGUUCUUGAAAGCUGUACCUUUUAUCAGUUUUAAUAAUGUUUGUAAGCCUUGAAUUUAAAAUUUAACGGAAAUACCUGUGAAAUAAACGUUCAACUGUAACAUUAAACACCUGCUUAUCCCAAAACAACAGCUCUACAACAAGUUUAACCUUUAUAAAGUUAACACCUUUUCAGUUUUUGGUGACAUGAGACAGGUGGUUAAUGUAUUUUAUACUUAUUAUUGAAGAGGCAGUGGUUGUUCUUCUAUUUUGUUCACUCUGCCAGCCAUCCCUAAGGAGCUGUGGACAAACUUUAGAAAUUUAUUACACAGAAUAUAAUUUUCUCUCCCCCCUGCUUGCAGUGUUGACAUGUAGUUACUUUUAGACUGGUUUGUGUUUCGCUCAAGCUGGCUCUGUACAUUGAACAGAACAUUACAGAACAUUAUCGCAAUUCUGAAUCUCCGAACCCCAACCUGACAGAAGAUGAUGUUUCACAGCCAUAAGGAAUAAAUUUGAAUUUAACCAAAAUACCUGUGAAGUACAUGUUCAAUGGUAAUAUUAAACACCUGCAUAAUCCCAAUACAACAGCUCUACCACAAAUCCCACCUCUGUAAAGUUGAACCUUUUUUAGUUUUUGGCGACAUGAGACAGGUGGUUAUUGUGCUUUAUACUCAUUAUUAAAGAGCUAAUGGCUGCUUCUUCUAGUUUGUUCACUUCAUCCACAAAUAUAAGGGGAGAAAAAUAUUAUGAACACCUUCCAGUAUAAUGCCCUUCAGCACGACACCCAUCACAGCUUUAGCACUUAAUUCAAAGAACAAAUUAUCACCUAUCCGUGAUUUUGCCUGAGAACAAAUUUCAAAAAUGUAUAAGUUCAAAAAAAGAUGAGGCGUUAAUGCAAAGUAAAGUUGCAUUAUGUUACUCAGGUGUUUAUAAUGUAAUGGCUUGUUGGCGUGUGUUGUCAUUUUUAGAAAGGUGUAAUAGAGGUACAUCAGGGAAAGAGAUCGCAUCAUACAGUAUCACGAUUAAAACUCCUGCUUUCAUAGUAGAGGUAUGGGGGAUUCACAGAUAUUAAGGUGAAUGUUACACAGUGAAUUAAAUAAGGGCAAACUAUACGUAUACAGCUUAUAAUGCGAGCCUGAAUUUAGUAGGUGUGUUGACUAGUAUAAUAUAUCAUGAUUUUGCAAUACAAAAUGACCAAAUUAAGGUACAGCAUUCAGCAAUCCAAAUGUUUUUUAUUGCUUUUGAUGAGGAAUAAUGUACUGAUUCAUUUGUUUGUUUUUGGGUUUUUUUAGCAUUCUUAUUGGAAGCAGCAACAGUGGAUGGAACCCAGUAUCAGACUGUCUAUACGUCCUCCAACACCUCGCACUCAAAAACAUGGAAUUCCAGAUUUUAUUUCAAUUCAGGUAAUCGAGUUGACAUUAAUGUAAUAUCUAAGUGUGACAAAAAUGAUGACUGAUAGAUUUUCAGUUAUGAAAUCAUGAAUUUUAUGAUCUGUCAAAUGAAGUUACAGUCUGUCCUGGUAGAAAACUGUGCUGUCAGUCACUUCAGCUUUGCUUUUAAAUUCUGUUUCCUAUAAUUUCUCUUCUACAUGUGCGGUGUUCUCUAUAUCAGUGAUGCAUUACCUUUUAAAUCAAUUUCCCUUGUUGAACCCAGCAGAGAUGAAACACUGUGCAUUCAUGAAUCCAGGGGUCAUUGCUGUCUCCGAUGCCGUCUGAGCGCUCUGUGAGUUCUGCAAACUGAGAACCCAUACACACACAUACACACAUAUACACACUCUCACACACUGGGAACAUGGAGAUUUCACACUUGUGUUGUGUAAAGCUUGUUUUUCUCUCUGUGUGUUUGUGUCUGUCAGUGUGUGUGAAAAACACAUGGUUUCUGAGAGGAGAGGUCACACAAGAGAUGGGCCCUUGUUUGUAACUCUGUAAAUAUCCCUCUGUCCCUGCAUGACUCUUGAUAAAUUAGUUAUGACUUCAAACAAAUAAAGGGCAC